AUGACUUCAAGGUCUAAAGUUAGUAAGCUCCCUCCCGAGUCUGAUAGUCCUAAGGGUGAGCCAAAGCAAAACAAGAACUUGAGAAGAUAUUUAACUAAUGAAGUUAGCAAAAUCAAGAAGAAACAUGAGAGGGGAGAUAAGCUCCGAUCUGUUGAAGCUACAAAAGCCAAGACUAUUAUAGAUUGUGAAGGUUCAAGCAUGUCAACAACAUCGUCUAAGAGAGGGAAAACUUCAGAGGCAACAAUGAAGAAAUCUUCAAGGAAGAAAGAACCUGAUGAAAAAGUUGAGUAUGAUUCAGAUGUUGAUAUGGACUAUAUAGAAUAUCUCAAUACUUAUAAGAAUGACGAGGACCAUGCCUGA